AUGGCCAGGUGUGGGGUUGUUAAACCAAGCAGCAAAGGCAAUGUGACAGCACAGGAUGACACAGAGUCCCUACCAGCUGAAGCCGUGUCCUCUGCUGCUCAGUCCUACCACAUCGACACAUCUAUAGCCAACCUGUCAGCUGUAGACAUGUCCUCAGCAGAAGGAGAAGAUCUUCCAUCCCCAUUUGCUGACAUUCCUGCCCUUGUACAUGACCACAGCUACCUUCCCAAGCACUUUGAUGGUCUUGUGGAGAACGUUCUUGUGUACAUUUCAGGUAGAGGUUGACCGUUAGUGGAUUUAGCCUACAACCAAUAUAGCAGCCGAUAAUCAAAAUCUGGGGGGGAAACGGUGGCUUAUUAAUUGGAUGUUAGUUCAAAAAAAGAAAUAAGUUAUUAUGAUAUGAAUCUGUCUUCUGCUAAUUUCAGGAUUUGUGGUGCGACGCACACUGAGGAAGCUGUCCUGUGAUGUCUGCCGGUCCAGCCUUGUGACGGAUGCUGAAUCUGCCCGUCAGGACCAGAGCUACCACCUGCUGACCCUGAAAAACAAUGGAGGUCUGGUCAUUCCAGCCGAAGGAAUAGUGAAAGUCGUCAGGGCUGCAGAGCGGGUCGUUCGCCAGGCAGCAGCAGAUUCCACAAGAUCACAGCCCAUCAAAAUGCUGGAGGUCCGCUACAUGGUGCAGAAGAGGAUAGGUACGGAGGACGUGUUUUUGCUUGGGGAGCAUUUAAUGAUACACGCUAUGGCAUCGACAGUCACCACAACACACUGCAGACAUUAG